AUGCCUCAAAAGAUCACCGUCGCAGUGGCGCAAGCCCGCACACUCUCUACACUAGAGACAACUCUAAAUGCCCUGAAGCAAGUGACUCAACACGCAGCUUCAAAGGGAGUACACCUCCUCCUCUUCCCAGAAGCCUACCUAGGAGGGUAUCCCCGCACCUGUGAUUUUGGCACAGCAGUAGGCGCCCGUGAACCACAUGGUCGCGAUCAAUUCCUGGAAUAUUUCCGCUCCGCAGUCGACCUGGGCGAUACACCUACUGGAGCUGGUGAUGACUGGGUUGAGCGGAAACUACCAGUGGCAAAAGGGCGGGAUUAUCGAGGUGAUGGAACUAGAGAGUUUCUUGAGAAGGUGGCGCGCGAGACUGGAGUGUUCAUUGCUACUGGGUUGAUUGAACGGGCUGGAGGCAGUUUGUAUUGUUCCGCUUUGUAUGUCGAUCCCGUGCGGGGUGUGUUGGGGAAGAGGAGGAAGGUUAUGCCCACUGCCUCGGAGCGUCUUGUUUGGGCACAGGGUUCGCCUUCCACCCUCAAGGCUAUUACCACUGAGCUGAAUGGUGUCAAGCUUACCAUUGCUGCUGCGAUCUGCUGGGAGAGCUUCAUGCCCAUGCUUCGGCAGAGUCUUUAUUCGCAGAAUGUGAAUCUCUACCUCGCGCCCACGGCUGAUAGUCGUGAUACUUGGUUGCCUCUUAUGCGCACGAUUGGUGGCGAAGGUCGCACCUUUGUGCUCUCCUGCAACCAGUGUGUGCGCUAUAACGAGCUUCCUUCUUGGAUUACCCAGCAGGGCAAUGCUUCCAAGGACAUCCCCGAUCACUAUAUUUCGCGCGGUGGCUCUUGCAUCGUGGGACCCCUCGGCGAAGUCGUGUCCGAGCCCAUUUGGGAGGUCUCCACUGAUGACGCCGACGGUUCAAAGAUUGGAGAUGGGCUUGUGAUCUCCGAGAUUGACCUCGAAGAUUGUGAGCGUGGUAGACUUGAUCUGGAUGUCGCGGGAAGCUAUUCGCGAAAUGACGCGUUCAAGCUGUCGGUUGAGGGAUUGGAUCUGAAUCCUCCUCCGUUCUAG